CAUGUCCGCCCUGCCCGCCCUGCGGCUUCAAAUAGAGCCCCGCGAGCCGCCGGCUGGCACUCGCAACCUGAGCCGGCUCCAGAGAAAGCGCGAAGCCACUGGCAGCGGAGUCCCGAGCAGCUCGUGAAUCCAGGGGAGCAAAAUGACCUCGGCAGCGCGGGAGAUCCUGGGCCUGGGGCUGUGCAUCGUGGGCUGGGUGGGGGUCAUCCUGGCCUGCGGCUUGCCCACAUGGCAGGUGUCCGCCUACAUCGACGGCCACAUCGUGGUGGCGCAGACCACCUGGGAGGGGCUGUGGAUGAACUGUGUGGUGCAGAGCACCGGGCAGAUGCAGUGCAAACUCCACGACUCCAUCCUGGCGCUGGAUCCCCACAUGCAGGCGGGCCGGGCGCUCACCGUCCUGGUGAGCCUGCUGGGCCUGGUGGGGCUGAUGGUGACCGUGGUGGGGGCCCAGUGCACCACCUGCGUCCGAGCUGGCAAGGCCAAGUCCUGGAUCGUGAUGGCCGGCGGGGUCCUCUACAUCCUCUGCGGGGUGCUGGUCCUCAUCCCCGUCUGCUGGUUCGCCAACAUCAUCAUCAGCGGCUUCUACGACCCCAAAGUGCCCAACUCCAUGAAGCGGGAGAUGGGGGCCGCGCUCUAUAUCGGCUGGGCGGCCACGGCCCUGCUGCUCCUGGGGGGCAGCCUGAUUUGCUGCUCCUGCUCCUGCCCCGGGGACGGCGAGAACACCUUCUCGGUCAAGUACUCGGCCUCCACCCGGCGGCCCACCUCCAACGGGGAGUACGACAAGAAGAACUACGUCUGAGGGGCCGGGCUGCGGCUCCCAGCCGGACCCAGAGCAGCCCCUGCCCCCUGCCCUGUGCCCGGCUUCCGCCCCGGUGAUGCUUGAAAUGACUCGGCGGGGAGGCGAGCUCUGAACUGGACUGUGCGCAGGUACCGCUCAGUGGCACAAGACCAGCCCGGCUGCGCCCUGGAGCUCGCCCUUGCUUGAGCCUUACAAACAUUAAUCAAAAAGGACCCCCGGCGUGAAUUCGGGCUCCCUUCCCCACUCCUGUCUCCUCCGGGAUGAGCGGUAAACCGGCCGGGCAUCCAAUGGCCGGCACCGCUUCGCCUUAACUGGAAAGGGGGUGGUUUGCUUUGAGAUGUAUGCUAUGUAACGUGAAAGCGAGCUAACCCAUUACUGCAGGAAUACGGACCACAGAGCAGGUGCUCAGGGGUUUUGUGUUUGUUUUAAACUACUUUGUGACUAAUUACAAACCCGCACCUGCGUAUUUAAUGUGAUGAUUAUUACUGCUGCCCCAAAAAUGACCUAUGGAAUUGUUUAUGUAUCAUUAGAGAAUAAGAUAAAGUCUGCGUUCUCCAUCCGAUUGUGGAGAAAUGAGAACUCUCUUAAAACAAAGCCUCCUAAGCUGCGAAUUCAUCUCCCUAGCUGGGGAAUCACCCUUCCCUUACUGUCUUUUUAUUAUUAUUAUU